UCUCUAUGAAUACCCAGCCCAAUCCCUUUGUAUCAUUUCUUUUGAAACUUUUCCUCUCUCUGAAUCUCAACCCAGAUUUGCUCAUUCUCUCUCUCUCUCUCUCUCUCUCUCUGAUUCCACACAAAUCUCUUCCUUAAAUCCUCCAUUGGAGGGGCUUAGGCCUUGUUGGUGUUCAGAUCUUUGGUUUGUUUGAAAAAAAUUGAAAAUUAAAAAGAGUUUAAAUGAACACCAACGCCAUGGGAAGGUUUGAAGAGAGAGGAUUUGACUCUGUGGUUUGCCCUAAGCCUAUCCGUACCUUUAAAUGGCCUACCAAUUGUUAUUAUCAGAGUGAGAUGGAGGAUUCAGAUGCUGGUACAGAUCUUCUCGAUUUAAUCCUCUCUAGGGGAGGAUAUGAAGCUGAAGAAUCCAACAACCAAAUGGCUUCAUCGCCACCGUAUUUCUGCGGAUCACCACCGAGUAGGGCGACAAACCCUUUAAUCCAAGACGUCCGAUUCAACAACGAUAUGGCACAACUAACAACGGUGGCACCGCCCUAUUCCCCAUCUUCAAGGGGAGGAGGGUGCGUGAGGGUGAAAUUCGGGUUUCAGCCGGCGGCGGUACGAGUCGAGGGGUUCGAUUGUCUCAAUCGAGAUAACCGCAAUUGCAGCAUCUCUGCCGUGGCUUAAACUAUAACAAAACUGAAGACCCUCAAAGGAGGUGGGCCGGAGAUUCAUCUUUAAAGAAAAAGUUUUGAUAUGAGAAAAAAGGAAAGAGAGAGGGAGAUGAUGAGAAAUUAGUAAAAAUUAUAACUCGUUAUUAGUGUGGGUAGUGUUUGGAUUGUAAAUAUAAGAAGAUUAAU